GGGCAGCGAUUAAUGAUCGCGUAUCGUAUUAGCCAGCCAAUAACCGUUAUUAAGUUCUCGCACUUUUCCAUCGAAUAUUGAGAAUUUUCCACUGAGCUUUCCGCUGUGACAACAACAUAUUGAAAUACAACCAAUUUACAAAAAUUUUAUAAACACCGGUCUUUAAAGCGGGCGUGCAUUUCAAAACUGUGUGAAUCACCCGACGAUUUUUUAAGUCCUAAGCGGACCUGACUGUGAACAAUCGUAAAAGUCUAGAAUCGUUAUUAUUCUUUUCGAAAUCGACCAUUAAGUAUGCACAAUAAAAUUUCCAAGACACCGGACUUUAAAGUGAGCAUUUAAAAAAAAACUGGUGUGAAUCACCUGACGAUUUAAAUAAAUCCUAAGUCCGUAAAUAAAGUGUUUUCCCUGCAUUCAAAUAUUAACAAUAACAAUGACGCGGAAAAGUGUUAACUGCAGCUGAUAGUGUCUGUGUUCUGUGUAUGUGUGUGCCACGAGUGUUAGUUCCACAUGGCCAUUCUGUGCAACCGCAACCAAAGUCAAAUACAAAACCAAAUCCUGUGCGUUGCAAGGUCAAACCAGGUGCUGAGCUUUAAUGCCAUGCACCAAGAUGCAAACCGAUCAAAUAGUUUCGGAGAAUCCACCAAUCAAAAAACAAGAACGGAAACAAGUGCAGCAGAAACGACGCUGGAUGCACCGGAGAAGAAAAAGGAGACACGUCCACGACGUCGUCGUCGGAGACGCUGCAGCAGCACAUCCUCUGACUCUGAUUCCACAAGCUCCGACUCUGACUCAUCCCAAAGCAGCAACAGCAGCAGUAGCAGCAACGGCAGUAGUGACAGCAGUAGCAGCCGCACUAAUGGAAGCAGAAGCAAGAGCUCAUGGUUGCCAGUGUCGGUACCGCUUGUUGCACCCACCCCCACCUCCCCGCCAUUACCGAUACCCGCACACGACGCCGAUGAGGAGAGCAGUGCGGAGACGCCUGUGGUGCCCGUGGAUCCGCACGCAUGGAGCGCAGAUGACAUUGCCAGCUGGGUGAAAUGGCUGACACGCAAACUGAAGAUCGAUCCAGAGCCGGAUAUCACACGCUUCCCCAAAGAUGGCAAAGAGCUAUGCGAACUGAGUCGCUCAGAUUUCUGGGUCUGUGCUGGGUCGCGUCGUGGUGGAAUUCUUCUAGCAAAGCAUUUCGCCUUGAGUCUAUACCGUGCCACAGGACGCGAGACGAGUCCGAUGCUCAAUGAGAACGAGCCAAAUCCAUAUCAGCUGCUGAAUGCUGCCUCGCACCGAUUGGUCGCCCAGGGCUCGGGCGGCCAAAUACAGUUGUGGCAAUUUCUGUUGGAGCUGCUCGCUGAUUCGUCGAACGCAAGCUCAAUCACCUGGGAGGGCCAAUCGGGCGAGUUCCGGCUCGUCGAACCGGACGAGGUGGCCAAGCGUUGGGGCGAGCGGAAGGCGAAGCCAAACAUGAACUACGACAAGUUGAGCAGAGCUCUGCGCUACUAUUAUGACAAGAAUAUCAUGACGAAGGUGCAUGGCAAGCGGUAUGCUUACAAGUUUGACUUUCACGGUCUGAUGGCCGCUUGCCAGGCACAGGCGCAGGGCUGCGAUCCAACCAGUAGCAUGAUUAGUUCCUACAAGCAUCAUCAUCAUGGCGCCGCUGGCGGCGGUCCACAUGCGAUGCCACCGCAGCAUCUGCAGCAUCAUUUGGGACAUCAUUCACAUCCUCAUGUGCAUCCCCAUCCGCAUCAUACGCACGCCCAGCUGCUACAUCCACACGCCGCCGUGGAGUUAACAUCGCCGACUUCGACCUGUUCCAGCCUGGGAUUUCCCUCACCCUCGACGGCAUCUUCGCUGCCCUCGCCUGGUACUCAGGUGCCGUCGGUGUUUACGGGGCCAGGCCCUUAUGCAGGAGUAGUCGCCACAUCCGCCGGCUCCAGUCAGUCGGUCGAGCAAGCACCCAGGACAUCCAUAGCCUCAACUUCGACCUAUGAGCAGCGCACACCGCCCAGCAAUGCAUUUAAUUGAAAUGACAACCCCAAUUUGUUUGGGGUUGCUUUAUAGUGCGGUCAUCAGUGUGGUGGAAUGGGGGUUGGGGGUUACAGGACUUGCGCAAGGACCGCCCGCUGCGCACAAGACAACGGUUACUGUCUCCAUCCUGCACUAGCAGGCAUCCGGGUCUGUGCGCUGGACUUAACUGUAAAAAGGUCAUUUCGCUUAAUUCUAGCUACAUUUGGGUUAAUUGAGUAAUUUUUCCGUAUGUGAUAAACAUGGAGCAAUGCAGCGAGGAGCAUCCCAAGAAGCAAUACGAGUGAAGGGACUAAAUUUCCCUGGGCUAAUUUGUUACAUCAUCUGUUAUCUGUCGCUUUUAAGCCUACCUUUUAAUUUAAAUGCAUGUAUCUAUGCAAAUAGAGCUCUCCACAUAAGGAGCUUAGUUCCAGUAGUUUUCGCAGCAGUUUUAUGCGGCAAACUUAAUUUACCGGAAGAAAGUUAUUUUUAACACCAGAGAUUAUGUUGGUACGCUAUAUUGUCUUGUGAGAAGGUUAAUCACAUCUGGCUACUUUGAGAAAAAUAAACCAGAAGCCUUUCUCAAAUCAAACAUGUGAUUUCACCUGUAUAAUUCGAAUUCCUUGAAAUCCGCUAUCCAUAACUUAAAAUAAAUAGUAUUUAUUUAUUGCUACGAAUUAAUUUUAUGCGGUUUUUGACAAUGCUAUAUGCCAAAAGUACAAUUCAGGUUCCAAUCUUCCAGCGGCUUGCCAAAUCUACUGCACGAAACAGCUGCUAAAACUACUGAAACUACUCAAUAAUAUUUAUAUAAUUCUAAGUCCACA